AAAUAUCGAUUGGGAAAACUUCAAUCAUCGCCAAUUUUGUAUAUGACAGCCAAACUUGACAGUCAGUUUUCUACACCAUGGCUAUCUCGCUACAAAAAAAACUUAAGGACGAAGGAUGGUACUUUACCGACGAAGGAUUGAAAAAGGUUUCCGACGAUGGCAAAAUUUCGGAUAUUCAAGGUCUAGUACGCAAGGCGUUAGAUAUGGAUUUGAAAGAAACCAGCAGCGGUGGAUUGCCGACAGACUUUGCGAAAUCGUCCAAACUUGAAGUGCCGUCAACUGGAUACAUUGUGCAAAUUCAACGCAUUCACAAUCUAUCCGCGCCCAAAUGUAAUCAAGAAUCAAAAACGUCACCGCGAAUGUUGCUAUUAGACCUCACUGAUGGUACAACAGCGUGUAGUGCUAUCGAACUCGAUCACUUACCAACACUCAGCGUUAAUACUCCGCCCGGGACAAAAGUUUUGUUGAAAGGAACGAUAAAAAUUGUUCAGGGUAUGUUGGUGCUAACACCGUCAACAAUGAAGAACUGUAACGGUGUUGUCACGGCUAUGGUCGAGAAAUGGGAACACGAGAAAGCGAUGUCCAAAUAUGCAAAAGGUGUAAAGCCGAAUACGGGUAGUGUUCCUCCUCCUUGGACACCUUUCGGACAAAAGAACCAACAGACUCUAGUCAACGAAUUUAAGAGUCUCGCCAUUGAGAAGAAAAACGAGGAACCUAAAGAGAAAGACAUCGAGUUCGUGACCAAUCGCAACGAUGCCAUUGCAGAGAUACUGAAAACGAAGCAGAAAAAGAUCUUUGGUGGCGGCAAUCGACAACUGGUGGACCAUAAUGUGAAAAAGAUUAUGGAAAAGGGAUAUACUGAGGAACAGGCCAAGACAUCGCUGAAAUUCGCUCGGAAUAAUUUGGAAAAGGCGAUGGGAAAUUUGAAGCGGCGAGAGGAACGAAGUUCUGGCGAAACGACGUCGACUCGGGGACCGUUCAACAAAACUCAAAAAGAGGACCGAUUCGGUCGGAAAGGAAGGAUUGAAGAGACUGAGAGUGCCAAACCGUCAAACAAAGUUUCUCUGUUCGACUUUUUGGAGGAUAAAAUUAAAAUUCCGAAAGGUACCGAAACAACACCAGCGUACGGUCAAUCAACUAGUAAUAACAAAACAGGUGCUAAAUCGUCAGACGAAUCAUAUCCUAAGCAGCAUUACAGAUCUGAUGAUUAUCAACCGUCGAAUCGGACAUCAACUAAUAGAAAUACUCAGUCAAUUAAUAACGGAUCCAAUCCGCAAUCUCAGGCGCAGAUCGACAAUCGAUCGAAAUUUGAGAAUAAUAUUUCCGCGAGUUUUGCUAGUCGCCAGAAAAAGGAUGACGACCAGUACCCGCCGUCGAGAAAUUACAACGAUUCAAGAGCAAACAAAUGGAGCGGUAAACCCAACAUGACGAAUCCGAGACAAAGCGCACACGAAACGAGUUCUGGUUCCUACAAUAAAGGUGCAAAUGCUCGGCCACAAAGCUCAAACUAUCCGCAAAAUUCAUAUCAAAACAAUGCCCCCUCUAAUUCUGCCUAUGGCCAGAGAUUUACGAAAAAUUUCAAUGAAACGGGCAAACCAUCUCGUUACGAUGAAAAACACCAACAUCCCCGAAGUGAACAGAAUGAUCGGCGGAACAAUGCACCGUACAAUGUGAAUCAAUUAACGGAAGCCACUACAUCAAUGAAAUUGUCGAACAACAAGCGUCCCCCAUAUAAUAACCAGCCGAACUACGCUGGUAAACAUCAACAGACCCCAUCUCAACCGUCAUCUCGGCCACAAUCUCAAAAUCAUCCGGCAAAGAAUGCGCCAACACCGAACGGAUACGAUUAUAAUCCGUACAAAAUAAUGGGAUUCCAGAACAAGGAAACGAACGAGUAUGCGUUGAAUGUCUUGAAAAAUCAAAAUUUCGAUGCAGUGCCACCAACGGUAUUAGCCAAACAGCCCAGUCAGCCGAUACCAGCCGAAAGUUUCGUACAGAUACCAGCUAAUCGAAAUUUCGUUGUUCCACCUCCGCCAACUGCGACGGCAGUGAUGGCACAGCCAUUUAUUCCAGCUGUUAUCAAUACCCAGCCAUUCAAUUGGACGUGGAAGGAACACGAUAUUUGUUUUGCGAAAUACUGGGAAGAUCAGCGGUACUAUAACGCGGAGAUUACUGCUGUGACAAAUAAGACGUGCGUCGUUCAAUUCAUGGAGUAUGGAAACUAUGAAGAAGUGUUGCUCAGCGAUUGCUUGCCGAUCAAUGACGCCAACAUACAAAGUAUUAAUCAGUACAACAACAAUUUGAUCCACGAUCAAAAUGUUCAGUACUAUCAGCAGCAACAACAACAUCGGCCCAUUUAUGUUACGCCAGCGCAGCGAGGUGCAAAAUGAAGGUACGUGUACGGUGUGCUGAUCAGGCAGGAUGACGCAUAUUACUAGAUACUAGAGUCGACCUCGGUUCGCAUCAUAUUGUUGUUCAAACUAUAUUAUCUCCUCUCUUACUAUGUUUCCUUUUUGUUAACCCGAAAUCAUUAUUUUUUUUCCCAACCAGCGUGAUUGAGCAUGGCUGGUGUUUAUAAAACCAUUUAUUUUAUGAGUCUUGAAGUUUUACUAAUUAAUCAUAAUAACGACGACGAAAAUAAUUUAUUCAGAAAUGAUGAAAUAAAGUGAAGAAUAAAGUGAAA